AUUUUUAUCUGAUGGUAAGCUCAACAUCCAAGCGAAUUAGUGCCAAUUAUGAAGCUAUGAUAUAUGAACAACUUAUUUAGAAAAUUAUCAUUAUAUUUUGACUGCAGAGGGAAAGUCACAUUAAAAUUGAAAGUAUGGAUUUAAAUGAAAUGGUUUCCACCAGUGUUUCCUUUGAUGAUGAUGAUUCUGGCCUUGGCAUGGACUUUGAAGAAUAUGAUAGCCCCUCAGAACUGAAUUGUGAGUUAAAUACUCUGACUUCACAAGAACUUUUCGACAUCGAGGACAAUCCAAGAAACUCCGACGUUCGAAAUUUAUUCAACGAAAGUGAUACAUACUGCCAAUCUUAUACAUCAUCUAUAAAAAGAGGAAGGGAAUAUGAUGCUAAAGACAAUACCUUUAAACGCCCCAAAGUAUUUGAUGGACGAAAACCAUUCACAAAGUCAUUGUCUUUUGGGGAUGAACCACAAUUCGUAUCAUCAGAGGAUGUCUAUACCACAGUUAAUAGAGCUUUAGAUAGAGACGACUUAAUCGCCGAUGGUACAGGACAUUACACAUUACCAACUGUUACAGGAAAACAUUCGGAUCUCAAGAGCAUAUCAUCAGAAACAAUGAAAAAUAUAUUGGUAGGAAAAUAUGACGGCAUUAUAAACAGUUAUUGCGUUAUUGAUUGUCGGUACCCCUUUGAAUACGAAGGUGGACACAUACAGGGAGCAAUUAAUUUACCCACCAGAGAAAUGAUCUCGGAGUUUGUCAACGCCCAGUUAUCAGACAGGCCACAGAUCCUCAUAUUCCACUGUGAAUUCUCAUCAGAAAGGGGACCAAAGUUAUGUAGAUUUCUCAGAAAUACCGAUAGACAGCUAAACGGUGAUAUGUAUCCUCAGUUGUAUUACCCAGAAGUCUACAUUCUUGAUGGUGGUUAUAAAGAAUUCUACCACAACGGCAAGGAAUUAUGUCUCCCAAGGAAUUAUAUACCAAUGUUACACGAAGACUAUACUGUAGAGGUACGCCAUUUCAGGUCAAAGUCCAAAUCAUGGGCUUCCGGAGAACGAAGACGUUGCCCACAACGUCUUUUCUAGUCAAACAAGCUCAAUAGUUCUAGUCAUAUUGUUAUUGCAUAGUUGUUACUGUAUAGUUGUUAUAAUUUAUUAUAAUUGUUAUAAAUUAUUGUUCCGGUUAAAUAUGCCUGAAAUAAAACAUAUAUUUGUGUACUAU